AGUUACAAUAAUUUUACCAUGUUGCUAAAAUGUAAUAAUAUUUCAGGGGUUUCGAAACUUAAUCCUGUUUCCGUCUUUCUCUUAUUUAAGCAGCGCUUGAAACUGAACACAGCAACAAAGAACAUCGUAAAUAAAGAGAACUAACCAAGAAUCAGCUUGAAGCAAAAAAGUUGCACUAACAAUGUAUCAUGGUAUUGAGGAUGGCGAAAUUGCAUCAGUGCGUCGAGAAUUUGACCCUGUAUGGGAACAUGACCACAUCAAAAUAUUGACCUUCGCCUGCGGAGCUGUACAAAUAGAAAAUGGGGAGGUCAACGCUCGUGGAAAAGUAGAGUCUGCAAACGCAAACCUCAAAUAUUUAUUUGCUGCCAAAGACACCACAAGGCUUGCUAUGUUCUUGCGCGAAAGUGACAACCAAAUGAUUUCUGUUGAUAAUGAUGGCAAUCUUACAUGUCGGAAAAAGGAUCCAAAUAAAGUAUACCACAAUAUUCACGAUGCAGAAGACGAUGUCACAUUCCUCUGUGAAAUAGUUGACAUGAAUGAAAACGAGAUAAGGUUAUUCUCCAAAAAGGGUCAAGGAUACAUUGGAUUUGGAAGUAAUGGUGACCCAAUGAAAUUGGUGAAAGACAAAAGUUUGUUGAAGGACAGUAAUAUUUCUAAAAAUACAAAAUUUCACAUUCAAUCAUAAGUGGACAAUAAAUCCCACAGAUUGCGACUAUUAAAAUUUGUUAAAGUAUCCAAAGAUGUAUGCUGAAGAAAAAAGUACAAAUUUGCAUUCUGCUAUCAAAUUCUUUGGUAUCAACUUGUGUGUUUGCUUUUU